CCUCGGGCUUGGAGAAGGCUGGCCGAUCUUUCGACGACAGUGUUUACGCUCAGUCAUAAUGCGCCUGAGGAGAAACGUAUUCCGUUCUUCUUGCUUGAACUCCGCAAGCGACUAGUUGCCGGGGCUUACAGUAUUGACAAGCAGCUGGCAACCUUCUUGGGAAGGCCUCCUCAGAUCAGCUGGCGCUACUACGAUGUGCAGUUUCCUCUAGAUUUGAGUUACGAAGAGAUACUGGCGGAGCCAAAGGUCCGCGAGGCUGCCAUCAGCCUACUUGACAAGACUGGCUGGAACACCCAGGGUAUUGUGGGACAGGCUGCGUGGAUGCGCAUCGCCCUUCUUAUUGGAUCUACGAGAGAGCAGAUCCUAGAGCUGUCUCUGAGCCGACGUAUUGAGGAUUUGCCGCGCAAAGUCCAGGAGGUUUCGCAGCAAUCUCAUAAGACAUGGAACGACCUGCCUGGCUUCCUCCGCUGGCGCCCGAGUGAUCCGGACACCAACGAUAGCAGCGUUCUCGUUCCAUUGUAUCUUAAUUUCCUCUACAAUGACUUCCUCCUCUACCGCGUUCUCGUGCGCCGGGCACAAAGCGGAUCCGAGGGCUUGGUCAGUGUGUCACAAAACAUUCUCAGCACGAUCCUGGAGCUUAUCGGCAAGGAGAUCGGCUCGAGAACAGGAACUUACAAUGUUGGAUAUAAUGCUGCGUCUUUCGGUGUCCCAGCAGCCGGCGUCUUAGCAAUCGAGCUGCUCUGCCAAGCCGAAUCCCAGUCCCAGCUUCCCGCCAGCGUCUUCCGGCGAUCGGAAGUCAUCCAAAAACUGACUGUCUUCGCUUCGCACCUGCAGUAUGUUGUCCGCCCGCACGAUGGCAUGUAUGAGGUCUGUCAGCGCGCGCGAAGGGUCAUCUCGAGUAUCCUGGAUCGCAUCCUAUCGGUCAAUCCUCCCGCACUGCCGGCUACUCUGCCGCCCGAUGUUCUGGCAACCAACUGGUUGAACGGAGAGAUUGUUGUUCUGGACGAUGGAAUCGAUCUUUUCCGCUGGAUUGACAGCGCGUCUGACACCUCGCGAAGAGGUUCCUGGGCUUGA